GAAAAGAACGUCAGUGCCAUUGAAAGUAGGAAAAUUCGUCCAGUGUCAGGGAAUAGGUCAGUCUUCAGUAGAAAUACGAAGAACACACAACAUUUCAUCACAUCGAAAGUGUUCAAUAUUCCAAUCGAUUUCACACAACGGAUACGUAAAAGUGCUCUGAUAGAAGUUGGUGCUGUCAUUCAUUGUUGUUGCGUUGUCAAGAAUUUUAGUGAUAAAAAGAUUCGUUCAAUGUGUCAGCCCCACUUGACUGGUGACUUAAAAUCCGUGACCAUCUGAGUGAUAGAAUUCUAGCCGAAAUCUUGAUGCAACAUAAUGAAUAGUGAGGAGGAGUACAGCGACGAGGACCACGGUGACUCGCAUCGAUCGAUGCACAGCCACAGUCCAUCUUCCUUUAUGAGCUGCUCUAACUAUGAUAGCGACGAGGACACAUGCACCGAAAUCGUCUUGCCAGAGCGCCACAAACGCAACCAAGAGGCCGAUGACUUUGUCUACAAUGUCCUCUCGGUGGAGCAGAUCGUCCAGGAUCAGCGUAACAUCAUCGACGAGGUGAACAAUGUUCUCAACCUGUCACCUCAAGUAACCAGGAUCAUUCUCAAUCACUUCAAGUGGGACAAAGAGCGUUUGUUUGAGAACUAUUUCGAGAGUAGCCCGGAAGACUUCUUCCAUCGGGCCCAAGUGGUAAAUCCUUUCGAGCAGCUCGAGGAGGAGAACCCAAGCGGAGCCGUUUGCACCUCCUCAAACUGCACCUGCGAGGAGCGGCUUUGCGGCAUCUGUUACUGUCCUUGUGCAGAGCUGAAGGGCCUGGGCUGCGGCCACAGCUUCUGCGUUGACUGCUGGAAGCAGUAUCUGGCCAAUAAGACCUGCUCCGAGGGUCUGGCCCACACCAUCACCUGUCCGGCCGCCGACUGUGACAUCCUUGUCGACUACGUGUCCUUCCUGAAGCUGGCCGACGAUUCGGAGGUCGUGGAGCGAUACCAGCAUUUGAUCACCAACACCUUCGUCGAGUGCAACAUGCUGAUGCGCUGGUGCCCGGCCCCCAAUUGCACCCAUGCGAUUAAGGCCAAUUACACCGAGCCGCGGGCCGUCAAGUGCAAGUGCGGCCAUCAGUUUUGCUUCGGAUGCGGCGAGAACUGGCACGAGCCGGCCAGCUGCAGCUGGCUAAAGAAGUGGCUGAAGAAGUGCCUCGAGGAUUCGGAGACCUCCAACUGGAUUGCGCAACACACCAAGGAGUGCCCCAAGUGCAAUGUGACGAUCGAGAAGGACGGCGGCUGCAACCACAUGGUCUGUAAGAAUCCCUCCUGCCGUUACGACUUCUGUUGGGUGUGCUUGGGCUCCUGGGAGCCGCAUGGCUCUUCUUGGUACAGUUGCAACCGCUUCGAUGAGGAGGAGGCCAAGCAGGCCCGCUUGGCCCAGCAGAUUUAUCGCUCCUCCAUGGCCAGAUAUCUGCACUAUUACAACCGCUACAUGAACCACAUGCAGAGCAUGCGGAUGGAGCACAAGCUGUAUGCCAAUGUACAGGCCAAGAUGGAUGACAUGCAGGAGGAGAUGAGCUGGAUCGAGGUACAGUUCCUGCGAGACGCUGUGGAUGUCCUAUGCCAGUGCCGGUCCACCCUGAUGUACAGCUACGUGUUUGCCUUUUAUCUGAGGAAUAACAACCAGAAGAUCAUCUUUGAGGAUAACCAGCGCGACAUGGAGAUGGCCACCGAGAAAAUUUCCGAGUGUCUAGAGCGGGAGAUAACCGUCAAGAAUCUGUACGAGAUUAAGCAGAAGGUACUCGACCUUUCCCACUACUGCCAGAAGCGGCGCCAUGUCCUUCUCUGCCACGUUCGGGAGGGAUACGAAAAGGACUGGUGGGAAUUCAUCGAGGAAUCCGCCUCCUAAGCCGCCCCAACGUAAAAACUAUAUAUCAUCCUUAAUCUGGCAUCUGCAGCACAUUCUGAAAGAAAGAUUGAGUAACUAACAUUUCUCUGAAGACUUUUAAUCAGCAUAAAUUACAUAUUUCGGUUUGGACUCCACUCUGCCUGAAUUGAUGACUGAAUCGAUUCGGACACGAGCCCCCUCUAAAUUUUACAGUAUUACACAGCAAUAGAAGGAAAAAUCAAAAAAUAUUAUCUCAUAUCAGAUUAUGGGGUAUUUUUGUUUA